GGCUCGGCGCAAGCAGACUCUCAGGCUCGGCAGCAAAGCGGCUCCUUAGGACGCUGAGCCCGGGCAGCCGAGGGCUCCGGGCUCCGCGAGCCAGCGGCUGCCGAGGUGGGCGAGCGGCAGGCGCGGCCGAGGCGCGGGAGCCGCCGCGGAGACUCGGGUCCCCGCGUUGGGCGAAAACGCCGGGCGGCCGAGGCGGCGCCGAAACCCCGAGACCCAGGGCUGCCGGCUGGGCUCUCCCGUUGCGGCUCGUGCGGAGCUCCAGCCGGGGCGCGGCGGAGAGCGGGACCCGCCGGUCUUCUCCCGGUUCCCCGCAAGAGGCUCCGCGCCCGGGCGCUGGCUGGAACCCGGGCCGCCCAGCCGGGUACCCGGAGCCGGGCAUCCAUCCCCGGCCGCAGCUGGCGCAGACAUGGGCGCACGGGGCUGCGCGCCGGGCCGCGGGACCCGCAAAGUUUGCUAGCCGGUGGUCCUCGGAGCGGAGGGCGAACUCGGCACCGAAGCCCCCGGGGAGGUACCCCGAAAUCGCCGAAUUGGGCGCGAGGACCGUGGAGCUAAGAAGAGCGGCUCGGCCUCGCCAUAUGCCUCCUGCAAAGUUAGAAGAGAAGCAAACUUCGGCUCCAGGGAGACUCGGACCGUUAUGCUAACCGCGCCCCCCGAACCCUGCGCCCCUUCUAAAAGACACCCGGCACCCGCGCCAGCCACCGCGCUCCGAUCGCAUCCAGCCCCAGGGGCCGGGCGCCUGGAACCGCUGUGACUACAUCGGCCCGAGACCCAACCAGGGGGCGGGGAGGGGCGGGAGGCGGGCAACGUGGCCACCGGGAGGAAGUUUCCUGAAGUUGUCCUCUCAUUCGAGAGCUCAGCCAGCGACCAGGCCGGAUCGCAGGGGUCGCCCUGCCGGCGCGAAGUACUUUGAGUCGGGGUGCUAAGGGAUAAAGGCACCCCAAGUUUGGGGGGAGGCUUGGCCUCUUUCUGCUCUGUCCUCGCCUUGCCGAGCAGCCGGCGCAGGAGGAGGAGGAAGCAUUUGGGGUCGCCGGCGCGGCCCCUCCGGGCACAGCGUCCAGGACUUGGCCACACAGUCUCCCGGGAUCCCAUAGGAUUAUAAAGCAGAGAGGGGGCUCCUUUGAGGGCCCCGCCGUCGGGAUGGCCAGCAUGUGGAAGCUGCCAAUCUGGACCCUACUGGCCCUGCAUUGGAUCUACUCGGCCGGAGCCCAAGAUGAUGUACCACCGUACUUCAAGACAGAGCCGGUGCGCACGCAGGUGCAUCUGGAGGGGAACCGCCUGGUGCUCACCUGCAUGGCCGAGGGCAGCUGGCCGCUGGAGUUCAAGUGGCUGCACAACAACCGGGAGCUGACCAGGUUCUCGCUGGAGUACAGGUACAUGAUUACCAGCCUGGACCGCACCCACGCUGGCUUCUACCGCUGCAUCGUACGUAACCGGAUGGGAGCCCUGCUACAGCGGCAGACUGAGGUCCAGGUGGCCUACAUGGGGAGCUUUGAGGAAGGCGAGAAGCGCCAGACUGUGUCCCACGGAGGAGCCGCCGUCAUCCGAGCGCCUCGCAUCUCCAGCUUCCCACGGCCACAGGUGACCUGGUUCCGGGACGGACGCAAGAUCCCGCCCAGCAGUCGAAUAGCCAUUACACUGGAGAACACCCUGGUCAUCCUGUCCACAGUGGCUCCCGAUGCUGGCCGCUACUACGUGCAGGCAGUUAACGACAAAAACGGCGACAACAAGACCAGCCAGCCCAUCGCUCUCGCUGUGGAAAAUGUUGGGGGGCCUGCUGACCCCAUCGCACCAACCAUCAUCAUCCCUCCCAAGAACACCAGUGUUGUGGCGGGGACCUCGGAGGUGACCAUGGAAUGUGUGGCCAACGCCAGGCCUCUGAUCAAGCUGCACAUUGUCUGGAGGAAAGACGGGGCAUUGCUCUCCAGUGGCAUCAGCGAUUACAACCGCAGGCUCACCAUCACCAACCCCAUGGUCAGCGACGGCGGCUACUAUGAAUGUGAGGCCGUGCUGCGCAGUAGCAGCGUGGCCCCCGUCACCCGGGGCGCCUACCUCUCGGUGCUGGAGCCGCCUCAGUUUGUCAAAGAGCCCGAGAGACACAUCACAGCAGAGAUGGAGAAGGUGGUGGAUAUCCCAUGUCGAGCCAAAGGGGUGCCGCCUCCCUCCAUCACCUGGUACAAGGAUGCCGCGUUGGUGGAGGUGGACAAGCUGACUCGCUUCAAGCAGCGCAGCGACGGCGGCCUCCAGAUCAGCGGCCUGCUGCCUGACGACACGGGCAUGCUCCAGUGUUUCGCUCACAAUGCUGCUGGCGAGGCACAGACCUCCACCUACCUGGCCGUCACCAGCAUCGCCCCUAAUAUCACCAGGGGCCCUCUUGACAGCACAGUGAUUGAUGGCAUGUCAGUGGUACUGGCGUGUGAGACCUCAGGGGCACCUCGGCCUGCUAUCACUUGGCAGAAAGGGGAGCGCAUCUUGGCCAGUGGCUCCGUCCAGCUACCUCGCUUCACGCUCCUGGAGUCCGGCAGCCUGCUCAUUAGCCCAACCCACAUCUCGGACGCUGGUACCUACACCUGCUUGGCCACCAACUCUCGGGGAGUAGACGAGGCCUCGGCAGACCUGGUCGUGUGGGCCCGGACCCGCAUCACCAAGCCACCCCAGGACCAGAGCGUCAUCAAGGGCACCCAGGCCUCCAUGGUGUGUGGAGUGACCCACGACCCCAGAGUGACUGUCAGGUACGUGUGGGAGAAGGAUGGGGCCACCCUGGCUGUGGAGACUAAUCCGAGGAUCCGCCUGGACAGAAACGGCUCCCUACACAUCUCGCAGACGUGGUCAGGGGACAUUGGCACAUACACCUGCCGGGUACUGUCAGCUGGUGGCAAUGACUCCCGCAAUGCCCACCUGCGAGUCAGGCAGCUUCCCCACGCUCCUGAGCACCCUGUGGCAACACUCAGCACCUCGGAGAGGCGUGCCAUCAACCUGACCUGGGCCAAACCCUUCGACGGCAACAGCCCCCUGAUGCGCUACAUCCUGGAGAUGUCCGAAAACAAUGCUCCAUGGACCAUACUCCUGGCCAGCGUGGACCCGGAAGCCACCUCAGUGAUGGUCAAGGGACUGGUUCCUGCACGUUCCUACCAGUUCCGCCUCUGUGCUGUCAACGAUGUGGGCAAAGGACAGUUCAGCAAGGACACGGAAAGGGUCUCCCUCCCUGAGGAGCCUCCCACGGCCCCUCCACAGAACGUUAUUGCCAGUGGCCGGACCAACCAGUCCAUCAUGAUCCAGUGGCAACCGCCUCCUGAGAGCCACCAGAACGGGAUUCUCAAGGGUUAUAUUAUCAGAUACUGCCUGGCAGGGCUACCUGUUGGGUACCAGUUUAAGAACAUCACGGAUGCUGACGUCAACAACUUGUUGCUGGAGGACCUCAUCAUUUGGACCAAUUAUGAGAUCGAGGUGGCUGCCUACAACAGCGCCGGGCUGGGCGUCUACAGCAGCAAAGUCACUGAGUGGACACUGCAGGGAGUUCCCACGGUGCCCCCGGGCAAUGUGCAUGCAGAAGCCACCAACUCUACAACCAUUCGCUUCACCUGGAAUGCCCCCAGCCCCCAGUUCAUCAAUGGCAUCAACCAGGGCUACAAGCUGAUUGCCUGGGAGCCAACUCAAGAAGAGGAGGUUACCAUGGUGACUGCCAGGCCCAACUUUCAAGACAGCAUCCAUGUGGGCUUCGUGUCCGGUCUGAAAAAAUUCACAGAGUACUUCACCUCAGUGCUGUGCUUCACCACACCGGGCGAUGGGCCUCGAAGCAGCCCCCAGCUGGUGCGCACCCAUGAGGACGUUCCUGGGCCCGUGGGACACCUGAGCUUCAAUGACAUCCUGGACACCUCGCUGAAGGUCAGCUGGCAAGAGCCUGGAGAAAAGAAUGGCAUCCUGACAGGGUACCGGAUCUCCUGGGAAGAGUACAACAGAACCAAUACCCGUGUGACCCACUACUUGCCCAACGUAACCCUGGAGUACCGAGUCACAGGCCUCACCGCACUCACCACCUACACUAUCGAGGUGGCCGCUAUGACCUCCAAAGGCCAGGGCCAGGUGUCAGCCUCCACCAUCUCCUCCGGUGUUCCUCCAGAGCUCCCAGGGGCCCCCACCAACCUGGGCAUUUCCAACAUUGGCCCAAGAUCCGUGACCUUGCAAUUCAGGCCUGGCUACGAUGGGAAGACAUCCAUCUCCCGCUGGGUAGUGGAGGCUCAGGUGGGCGUGGUCGGGGAGGGAGAGGAAUGGUUGCUGAUCUACCAACUCAGCAAUGAGCCUGAUGCCCGCUCCAUGGAGGUACCAGACCUCAACCCCUUCACCUACUACAGCUUCCGAAUGCGCCAAGUGAAUAUCGUCGGCACCAGCCCGCCCAGCCAGCCUUCUAGAAAGAUCCAGACCCUCCAGGCACCCCCAGACAUGGCGCCGGCUAACGUGACUCUGCGCACAGCCAGUGAGACCAGCUUGUGGCUCCGAUGGAUGCCUCUCCCAGAAAUGGAAUACAAUGGUAACCCUGAGUCCGUGGGCUACAAGAUCAAGUACAGCCGGUCCGACGGCCAUGGCAAGACACUGAGCCACAUGGUACAAGACAGAGUGGAGCGAGAGUACACCAUCGAGGAUCUGGAGGAGUGGACAGAGUACCGUGUCCAGGUCCAGGCCUUCAACGCCAUCGGGAGCGGGCCCUGGAGCCAGGCGGUGGUGGGCAGGACCCGGGAGUCAGUCCCAUCCUCUGGCCCCACCAAUGUGUCGGCGCUGGCCACUACCUCCAGCAGCAUGCUGGUCCGAUGGAGUGAGAUCCCAGAGGCAGAUCGCAACGGCCUGGUGCUGGGCUACAAGGUGAGGUAUAAGGAGAAGGACUCAGACUCUCAGCCCCGGUUCUGGCUGGUAGAAGGCAACUCAUCUCGCAGUGCCCAGCUCACAGGCCUGGGCAAGUAUGUGCUCUACGAGGUCCAGGUUCUGGCCUUCACACGUAUCGGUGACGGCAGCCCCAGCCACCCUCCCAUUCUGGAGCGGACACUAGAUGAUGUACCAGGCCCACCCAUGGGCAUCCUGUUUCCAGAGGUGAGAACUACAUCUGUGCGGCUCAUCUGGCAGCCCCCCGCAGCCCCAAAUGGUAUCAUUCUGGCCUACCAGAUCACACACAGGCUCAACGCCACCACAGCCAACACCGCCACAGUGGAGGUCCUAGCGCCCAGUGCCCGCCAGUAUAUGGCCACAGGCCUCAAACCGGAGUCUGUCUACCUAUUCCGCAUCACAGCCCAGACCCGCAAAGGCUGGGGAGAGGCUGCUGAGGCUUUGGUGGUGACCACAGAGAAGAGAGACCGCCCACAGCCCCCUAGCAAGCCUGUGGUGCAGCAGGAAGAUGUGAAAGCUCGAAGCGUGCUGCUGAGCUGGGAGCCAGGCAGCGAUGGGCUCUCCCCCGUACGCUACUACACCAUCCAGACCCGGGAACUGCCCAGCGGCAGGUGGGCACUGCACUCCGCCUCCGUGAACCACAAUGCCUCUGCCUUCACUGUGGACAGACUCAAACCCUUCACAUCCUACAAGUUCCGAGUGAAGGCGACCAAUGACAUCGGGGACAGCGAAUUCAGUGAAGAGUCAGAAUCGCUGACCACCCUGCAGGCCGCCCCAGAUGAGGCACCCACCAUCCUGUCAGUGACCCCUCAUACCACCACCUCUGUGCUAAUCCGAUGGCAGCCUCCGCCUGAGGACAAGAUCAAUGGCAUCCUCCUGGGCUUUCGAAUCCGGUACCGGGAGCUGCUCUAUGAAGGGCUCAGGGGCUUCACUCUACGAGGCAUCAACAACCCGGGGGCCAAGUGGGCUGAGCUCACCUCCUUGUACUCCAUGCGGAACCUGACCCGGCCCAGCCUCACGCAGUACGAGCUGGACAAUCUGAGUAAGCACAGGCGGUACGAGAUCCGGAUGAGUGUGUACAACGCCGUGGGCGAGGGACCCUUGAGCCCCCCACAAGAGGUUUUUGUCGGGGAGGCAGUGCCCACGGCAGCACCACAGAACGUGGCCAUCCACAGUGCCACAGCCACACAGCUGGAUGUGACCUGGGAGCCACCCCCGCUGGACAGCCAGAACGGAGACAUCCAAGGAUACAAGAUUUAUUUCUGGGAAGUCCAGCGGAGGAACCUCACUGAGAAGGUGAAGACACUUUUCCUGGCCGAGAACAGUGUGAAACUCAAGAACCUGACUGGCUACACGGCCUACAUGGUCAGCGUGGCGGCCUUCAACGCUGCGGGGGAUGGGCCACGGAGCACCCCCACCCGGGGCCAGACUCAGCAAGCAGCCCCCAGCGCCCCAGGCUCGGUCAAGUUCAGCGAGCUGACCACAACCUCAGUGAAUGUGUCCUGGGAAGCCCCACAGUUCCCCAAUGGUCCUCUUGAGGGCUACAGGCUGGUCUAUGAGCCCUGCACCCCAGUGGAUGGGGUCAGCAAGAUCGUGACAGUGGACGUCAAGGGGAACAGCCCACUGUGGCUGAAGGUGAAGGACCUGGCGGAGGGCAUGACCUAUCGUUUCCGCAUCAAAGCGAAGACCUUCACCUAUGGGCCUGAGAUUGAAGCCAACAUCACCACGGGCCCUGGAGAAGGUGCUCCAGGACCACCAGGUGUGCCAAUCAUCGUACGGUACAGCUCAGCCAUCGCCAUCCACUGGUCCAGCGGAGAUCCUGGCAAAGGACCCAUCACACGCUACGUAAUAGAGGCCAGGCCUUCAGAUGAGGGGCUCUGGGACAUCCUCAUCAAGGACAUCCCCAAGGAGGUGACUUCCUAUACCUUCAGCAUGGACAUCCUGAAGCCAGGCGUGAGCUACGACUUCCGGGUCAUCGCAGUCAAUGACUAUGGCUUUGGCACUCCCAGCAGCCCCUCCCAGUCUGUGCCAGCCCAAAAGGCCAGCCCCUUCUAUGAGGAAUGGUGGUUCUUGGUGGUCAUCGCCCUUGUGGGCCUCAUCUUCAUCCUCCUCCUGAUCUUUGUACUCAUCAUCCGAGGUCAGAGCAAGAAGUACUCCAAGAAGACAGACUCGGGAGGCAAUACCAAGUCAGGAGCCCUCGGCCACGGGGAGAUGCUGAGCUUGGACGAAAGCAGUUUUCCCGCUCUGGAACUCAACAACCGGCGGCUAUCUGUGAAGAACUCUUUCUGCAGGAAGAAUGGCUUGUACACCAGGUCUCCUCCCAGGCCCAGUCCAGGCAGCCUACAUUACUCUGAUGAAGACGUCACCAAGUAUAACGACCUCAUCCCAGCUGAGAGCAGCAGUCUGACUGAGAAGCCCUCGGAAAUCUCUGACUCCCAGGGAAGUGACAGCGAGUAUGAAGUGGACACGAACCCUCAGAAAGCCCACUCCUUCGUCAACCACUACAUCAGUGAUCCCACAUAUUACAACUCUUGGCGGCGCCAGCAGAAAGGCAUCUCUCGGGCCCAGGCCUACAGCUACACAGAGAGCGAUUCUGGUGAACCUGACCACGUCACUGUCCCCAACAGCAACAGCACCCAGCAAGGCAGCCUUUUCCGGCCCAAGGCCAGCCGGACUCCAACGCCCCAAAACCCCCCGAACCCCCCAAGUCAGCAAAGCACCCUCUACCGUCCCCCCAGCAGCCUCGCCCCUGGCUCCCGGGCACCCAUAGCAGGGUUCUCAUCCUUCGUUUGACAUCAAAAGAGGAAAAAAAUGAAAGAAAAGACACCAAAAUCCUCCUUUGCCACUUCCCAAAAACGCCUGCCAGAAAACACACAAGAAAGCCCCACCAAGACAUCCAAUCAACUUUUCACCUCCCAAGUUUAUUUUUCCGGAGAUUCCAGGGCCAGCAAAGCCAGUGUGGAGGAGGGGGAGGAAAAAGAAAUCCACAAGAGUACUUGGACGCAUGUGACCUGCAAUGGCUUCACAUCCUUGGGGUCCAAUUUGUGGUGUGGAGGGCUUGGAGCACUGAUAGUCUCACUUCUGCCGAGGACAGAGAAGUUUGGGACCCUGGAGAGAGAGGCCAUAAGGCAGGUGGGGUGGAGGGAUCUAGAAGCUUCUAGACAUACAAGAAGCUUCUCCUUUCCGGCUUGGGCUAGAUCCCUGGGUUUGCUAUCCUUACUCUCUGGAAAAAGGAUGGAUGCCCUAGAGGUGAAGCCGGCCUGCUGUCUCUGGCUCUUCCUGGCAGGUGUCCCAUGGCCUUGUCAUUCCCGGGCCCCGCCUCAGCACCCUCCAAGGGCUCAUUGCCUUUGCUCAACUUCUCCACCAAGCAUCUGGCUUAUUUUGAGAGAAGAGAAGAAAAAUCAAAGGGUGAGAAUCCACUUAGCAACUUCCUUGUUCCUGGGGAAAAAAAAUUUUUUUUUAAAAUUGUGAAUUCAAGGAAGAGGCCUAAGGGCUGAGAGAGAAUCCUUACACAGCUGUGUAACUGAGACCUGCCUCCUGUUGCUUGGAUUCACUUCCCUGGAUGCAGAUAAAGAGAGGUGACCUCUAGGGAAUGGAAACCUGGGGUGCGGGCUCAAUACUAAGGGAUGCUUCAGGGAGAUGUCCUGCAGAAAUUCAGAGAUGCAAGGACGAAGCCUUGACUGUUUUCUGCUGAUCCACCUGCCCAACGCUGAAAGGAAAAUGGGUUGGGGGUGGUGCUUAGGGUAGGAAGCUCAGUCCACCUAGGGGAACAGGGAAGUUGUAUGUUCAGAUGUAACACUUCCUUCUGAAUGUACACCUUCUGGCUAGCCUAUGCAUCUGCCCCUGUGAACUUGCAGGAAAAGGGGUCCCGGGGCCCCUCUCAAGAGGAUACUCUGGGGCUUCUUUGCCCAUCAACAUUCUCACUUUAAGAUCCGUGUACCCAGUGUCUCUAUCCAAAACACACAGGUGCCCUGAGGGGCAGCCCAGUCCCUGGUCCUGAGGGUUUACAAAGAAUCAAAGGUCACUUCAACUCCCUCUAACAUCUCCCAGGCUCGGCUCAGUGAAGGCAGAGCUGGGAAGCACCAAAGAAGGGCCAGCUCUAAAGCUCUGUCCGAUUUGGACGGAGUUUCAAAUUCAGGGUCAGCCCAGCCAGGAGAGGCCGGUCAGAUGGGAUCAAGGGACCAGAAUAGCUAAUGGGAGGGAAAGUUGUCACUCCCAGGAAUGUUCUGUAAAAAGCCGCGGGGGCCUGAAUUUCUCAUCAGCUUUGGGCUUCCAAUGCAAGGAUUUAGAGAAAAGGUUUUCUAAUGUCCCAGAUUGGCCUAGGUCCUUGGGGACAUCAACCAGUCUAAGGCUCAGGCUACGGCUAGGAAUGCCUCCUUCAGAGACUUCAUUGGGCCAUGUCCAUUUCAAUAUAGGAACAUUCUUGCUGGGAGUGUGUACUGUAGUUACUGCUGGCCUUAGAGGAGAGCCUGUAGCUGCCCUCAGCAAUCCCCGAUCGAUCAGUCACUGCUAAUUCUCACUGGGCAGGGAAGUCAGGGCCAAAGUCCUGAGUAAAGGACACACUUGAGUACUAAGAAUGUGAGUACUACACGCCUGGCCCCUGGGAUAUGUGAAUGAGGAAAUGUUGGAAGCCAGGUCAGCGGGCAGGUGACCCAACUGCUGUAUGUAAAGAGUGGCUUUUCACAGUGAUGUCUCCUAAGCAGAUCCUAAGGCUCCUAAGCCAGGAAGCACAGACUUGUCCUCAAAGGACAACAAAGGGAUGAGGCCUUCCCCCUCCAGGAAGUCAGCUUUCCAGGGCUACCUUGGGCUUUGUCAAUCAGCUGGACCCCAACCCCUGCACCAUCUGGCACCUCCAGAGCCGCACAUCUGCAGAGGCUGCAUGAGCUCACACUGCCACUCUUCGUCCCUUAUUUCUUUUUUGAACAGCUUCAUCUUUUGUCCUGUCUUCAGAGGCUUUAACCAUUUAAGGAUGUUCUGAGUUUACAUUAGGGAAUUAUUAGCCCAGCUCAGCUCAGCCCAGAGGGAACUUAAAAAAAAAAAAAAAAAAAAAAAGCAUUUGUGUGUAUAUGUGUGUGUUGCACAUGAGGCCAAUUUUCCUUUGCCUUUAAUGAGUCACCUGGUGCACUGAGAUUCCCCCUCCCCCUCCCGUGUGCUCAUUGGAACCCUUGCUGACAUCCAUGUGCACGUGCAAACUUGUGCUUACGUACAACCGUGCAAAGGUAGGCACAGAACAUGCAUCUGUACGUGUUAGCAAAGGGGCUCUUGCCAUGCCCUCUGAUGGCUCCUGGUUGUGUCUCAUCCCCAAGCGGCAUGGAUAGCCUGGGUCACUUGCACUUGGGGUUAUCAGUGGGACCUACUGCCCAAGCCAGCUGGGCACGUUACAAGCUGCAACUCCUAGAUGAGCCUACAGUGAGAGCCUCCACUCAAGCACUACCUGCCCGGGUGAAUUAUUGCGUCCACAGUUGCCGCCACAUCUCGACACCUACGCCCGGUAGGUUUCCAGCCCUGGAACUCUAGGUAGUUUAAUAUCUCUUGGCUUUGUUUACAUUUCUGCUGGGCAGUGGAGGGUUCCAAAAACUCCACCCCGAUACCCUACCGCAUUCUAAGAGUGUGGUGGGCACCAACCCUGGGCAAGGGGGAGCUUUCAAUUUCCUGAGCCUAUGAGGCCAGGGCUGCUGUCUUGUGACUCUAUGAGAAACGGGUUCCCAGAAGGGCACGCCUAGCCCUUUUGGUGUUACCUCUCUGUGGCCUGAGGAAAUCUGUGAUGUAGCCAGGAGCCGGCGCUUAGCAUGCUGGGGCUGCUCUUUCCUCUCCUGGCAGUGUCACCUGCAUUCUUGCAGGCUGUGCACCUAGAUUGCCAAGAUGAACCAAAUAGCUACUCUGGGUUCCAGAAGCAUUUUCCUCCAGAGAGCUGCAGGGAGUUUACAAACCUGAGCUGCCUCUCCUAGCCCCCUCUCCACCCCAAACAUGAUACUACCAGGAGUCAGAGGGAACAAGGACACAGCUGGGCUGCCUUGCCAGCCCUUGUUUCUUGAGGCCUUCUAAAGGUGCCAGAGCCUCACCUUGGGCUGUCCUAGGCAGGGGCCCUCCUCGCCUUCUCACACAGCACGGGGAAGGUGUUACAUGCUGCCAGCCAGACAGGCGGUCAGCAGGGUAAAGAGGGGACCCACCACCAGCCACCACCAGCUCCCGAGUGCCUCUGUAGUCCCAUACAGGGACACCCAUCCUAACCAACACCUUGAGCACAGGUGCCCACCCCCUAGGGACAACCCCCUCUUCUCUGUUUCCAUAAAAAAACAAAUCCAAAGCAUCUAAAUGUGUUACCUUUUUUUCGCCCAUAUAGGCUCCCAAAACAAAACUUGGUACAAAUCUUUAUUUUUUUGAUUUAAAAGCUAUAAUGAAAAAUUAUAGGGAGAGUAUUCAUUAUGGCAGGUGUCUAUCUGUAAGAAAAAAAUAUAUAUAUCUAUAUGUCAUAUAGCUUGUUAGCAAGUUUAUUUUUUAAAUGAAAGGUAAGAAAGAAAUUGAUUUGAAAUAUAUACCACAACAAGUCCCAUGUCCUGUCAAACUGUCAGUAUUUUAUAAAUAAACAUUUUUUUUUUUUUGGAGUUCUGAAGUAGCAGUCAUUCUUUUUUCUCAGUACAAAUUCUGUUCCUCAAACAUAUGUUUCUAUUUCUAGCUAUGUGAGGAUUGUGAGGAGCAAGUCAAGGGCAGGACUCAUCUGCCCUCUUAACCCAUCAGGAGGUGGUAUCUAUUCCUUUAAACAAAAAGUACUGCUUCAGCCCAGCAUGCAGGAGCUCUGGGUUCAAUCCCUAGUACCAAAAGAAGAAAAAGAAUGUGUUGUUUCCAGUUUGGCGGAUAAGAGCCCCUUAGAUGUGUGAUACAACUGAUAAGGGUUAAUAAUGUCAGCAGCAAGAGGUGGGAGAGGUGUCUCAGUGGUCAAGAGCACUAGUAGUUUUUGCAGAGGGCCCAAGCUCAGUUCCCAGCACCUGCAUACUUGGGCUGCCCACAACCACCUGCCAUCCAGUUCUAGGGGAUCCAGUUCCCUUUUCUGGCCUCCAUCGUCACCUGUAUACACACACACACACACACACACACACACACACACACACACACAAAUGAACUUAAAAUAACUAUGUGAAAUAAUGAUGACUGCAAAGGUGAUACAAUCCUGCCACUCCUUGCCCAACAUGGGUCAGAUAAUCACUUGAUAUACAGUAACUGGCUAAGCCCUGCGAUGAUGUGACAGCGGAGGAGGGGGUAAGGAGCAGAAGCUCGCUCUUGGGAAUCAGCAGGGCCAAAAUUUGCAUGUAUGAAAGCGGUCCGAUUCCGGAAGCACAAACUCUCACAGAUCUGGUAAGGCAGUUCCUUGAUAGGUUUUUUGCUUCUUUGGUUGGUUGGUUGGUUGGUUGGUUUUUGAGAUAAGGUUUCUCCCUGUAGCCUGGGCUAUCCUGGACUGUGUACAUUAGGCUAGCCUCACAGAGAUCCUCCUGUCUCUGCCUCCCAAGUGCUCCCAAGUACUGGGAUUAACGGCAUGUGCCACCGCACCCAGCCUAAGGUUGUUUUUAAUGUUUUUGGCAGAAUUUUUUGUUGUGAAUUUGUUUACUUUUUGGGGGGAGGGGGCGGGCAGAGCCUUAUAUCACAGACUGGCCUGGAAGUCACAACAAUCCUCCUGCCUCAGCAUCCCAAAUGUUGGGAUUACAGGCUGUUGCACUGAUCAAAGUACAUUUAAAAUCACUUGGGAGGCAGAGGCAGGAGAUCGCUGUGAGUGCGAGGCCAGCCAGUGAGACCUGUCUCAAAAAGAAAAAAAAGUUUGAAAUGGAGAAAUAUAUGUAGAUUAAAUACUUAAAAUGCACAAAUGUAAAUUCGUUUACUAAUCUGUUGGUAUUGAGCCAUGACAUUAUUCUUUUUUUGCAAGUUGGCAGUUCUCUAU